UUGCGACAGUCCCCUAGCGAUUCAUUGCUGAUUACAUAAUACCUCUACCUUCGUUCAACGAUGAGAGGGUCGCUGGUGUGGCGGACGGGCGUGCUGGCCUUGCUGGCGACGGUCGCAGUGGCGUCGUCUGGGGACAGGUCUUCCGACUUUCAAGACUGCCUCUCAAAAUGCGUCGGUCGCUGUCAUCCCUGGACCGCGCUUUCCCUGGACCUCCGCCUCACACGUUGGACAUGCGGCGACGACUGUAAAUACACCUGUAUGCACAUGCUGACAGACAACGCGGUCAGGGAUGGGAAACCAAUUCAGCAGUACUACGGAAAAUGGCCGUUCUGGCGACUCUUGGGCAUGCAAGAACCUGCCUCGGUCGCAUUCUCGCUUUGGAACAUGUGGUUCCAUCUACAAGGCGCCCGUCAGAUCAGCCGCAGAAUGCCUGCUACCCAUCCGAUGAAACCGUAUUAUCUGACGUGGGCGUAUGUGAGCAUCAACGCUUGGACAUGGUCUGCUGUAUUCCACACCAGAGAUUUGCCUCGCACGGAAAAACUGGACUAUUUCUCGGCAGCAUUGGCCAUCAUGUAUGCACUAUAUUUCACGGUUACUCGCAUGCUACACAUGUACCCCCGAGCAACGGACAGCAGCGUGCCAAAGUCUACCGCAAAGUUGCGUUCUGCUAUGUGCAUCGCGUGGUCCAUGCUGUGUAUCGCAGCGUACAUAGCGCACGUAACAUACCUGACCAUCCUCCCCCGCUUCGACUACUCCUAUAACAUGGCUUUUAACCUCGCCCUCGGUCUUGCACAUAACUUAUUGUGGCUCUUGUAUUCGCUUCCCCGAUCAGUCUCCCUCCUUCGGCGGUUCCCACAUGCUCCCAAGACAUACCGACCAUCAUACGCGUAUAAAGCAGGUCUAUUCGUUGCAUUGACAACGGCUGCGACGGCAUUGGAAUUGUUCGACUUCCCCCCUGUGGGUCGUGUCCUGGAUGCACACGCUCUCUGGCACCUCAGCACAGCCCCUAUAGCCAAACUUUGGUACGAUUUCCUAGUCGAAGAUGCCUUAGAUGAAGGCUGGCGAGCACCCCAACAACGGCUGUUGUCUCCGUUUCAUGUACAUUACAAUAUCCCGCCCCCCGCUUACUCUCAACAAUCAACAAAGACACUUUCCGGCAUGGUUGAGCGCUGGGCAGCGAAAGAAUGA